CAAAAAUCACAGUAUUGUCAUGCAACUUUUCAAUUGUGACUGCCCAAACUUGAAUAUUUCAGCCUACUUCCAACCUGAGAAAACGUCUUGUGGGAUGUGGGAGGAAGCUGGAGUACUCUGAGAAAUCCCACACAAGCCCAAGAAGAACAUGCAAAAAAAAUUUUUUAACAAAAAUACAGGAAGGCUGGAGCAGAGAUUCAAGCCCAAGAUCCUAGAACUGGGGGUGGAGUGACAUGAGGAUCUUCCAUUCUGAUUGGCCUAAAAGGCAAACAGGACCGAGAAAAAAAAUUAAAAAGAAAGGUAAAAAAGUUGGAGGAAGUAGAACUGAAAUAAGGAACGCGGCACCGUAGUGCCCGGAGAAAACCCACACAGGAACUGUCCUUCAAAUGGAUUUGGAAACCGGGACAUACGAGCCGGGCUUCGUGGGGAUCAGGUUUUGUCAAGAAUGCAACAAUAUGUUGUAUCCGAAAGAAGAUAAAGAAAAUCGGAUAUUACUCUACGCGUGUAGGAAUUGUGACUACCAGCAAGAGGCGGACAACAGCUGUAUUUAUGUCAACAAGAUUACCCAUGAGGUUGAUGAAUUGACCCAAAUUAUUGCUGAUGUAUCUCAAGAUCCAACGUUACCAAGGACGGAAGACCAUCCCUGCCCAAAAUGUGGUCACAAGGAGGCAGUGUUUUUCCAGUCACACAGCAUGAAAGCUGAGGAUGCUAUGAGGCUAUACUACGUUUGCACAGCCCCCCACUGCGGACAUCGAUGGACAGAAUAGUGUGUGUGGCAACUUUAUGAACCAUCUUGUGAAUAUUGUUUCUUCUUAGUUUUUUUUUUUUUUUUAGCAGCUGUCUUUCCCACUUGGUUUUAUUAUUAAACA